AUGUUUGGCUUCCAAAAUAUAAAGAAUGGAGUUAAACACCGUCAUUUUCUAAGUCGUGGCAAUAAUGUUUUAUUGUAUCCUAGAAAAAAGUCUUUUCAAAAAGAGAUCAAGACUACUUCCGUGAGCCAAAGUUUCACAGUUCGUUCGGCUCUUCCGAGACCUAAGUUCGGAGUUUCAAAAAGACAUGAAACUACUAAUGCUGCUAGUGCUCCAACCAAAAAUAGUAAACUUAAUUUUUGGUUAAAGUUACUAGCUGUAUCUGCUGCUUCGCUGGCUGGCGGAACAGUUCUCUUGAGUUUGGAGAGCAAACGAAGAGAAGCAGAGGAAGAGAAACAUCAGAUAAAAGAACUGGUAGCCUGUGGUCCGACGGGAGGACCAAAAAAUUUGCCUAUAGCGCUACAUUUGACUGACGAAAUGGAUUAUGAGGCCGAUAAACCGAAAUUAGUAAUAUUAGGAUCCGGGUGGGGGGCUGUUUCAGUUUUGAAAGAACUAAAAAAAGAUAAAUAUUACGUGACAGCGAUCUCUCCACAAUCCAUAUUGGAGCCUAUUCGAAGCAUCUUAAGAAAAAUUCAUGGACAUUUUAUAGAGGCAAAGGCCAUUGAUAUCGAUUUUGAAAAUAAAUUAGUAGAAGUAAAACGGGGUGAUGAUUCUGAAAAAUCCUUCUAUGUCCCAUAUGACAAGCUUGUCAUUGCUGUUGGCUCUCAAUCGAUGACUUAUGGAGUGGAAGGAAUUGAGUAUUGUCACUUUCUGAAGACUAUCCAAGAUGCUCGGAAACUUCGCAGAACUAUUAUGGAUAAUUUAGAAAAGGCGGCCCUGCCAACUACGUCAUCCGAAGAGCGAAAGAAACUUUUAAGUUUUGUUGUGUGCGGUGGAGGUGUCGAGUUCGCUGCUGAACUUUACGAUUUUUUGAUCGAGGAUCUUUUCCCCAGAGCUCUACGAAAUGAAGUAAAGGUGACUAUAAUUCAGAGUCAAGAUCAUAUUUUAAACACUUAUGACGCGAAAAUAAGUGUUUUUGCCGAGAAAAAAUUUAAGCGUGAUAAUAUUAACGUUAUCACCAAUGCUCGAGUCUCCAAAAUAAAAGAGGACUAUAUUGUAUACAAAGACAAGUUGACCGGACAAGAAAUAGAACAACCUUAUGGCUUAGUAUUAUGGUCAACCGGCAUUGCGAUGAAUCCGUUGACAAAAGCUAUAUCUGAGAAGCUUCCAGAACAGAAAAACACUCGUGCGCUUAUUACCGAUGGUAAAUUGCGUUUAAAAGGCGUCAAUGAUUCGUCAGUCUAUGCAAUUGGCGAUUGUUCAACAGUCGAGAAUCCAAACCUAGUAAAGCAGUUGAUGCAAUUUUUCAUUGAUGCUGAUGAGGAUGGCAGUGGAUCUUUGGAUCACGGAGAAUUUAACCAGUUGGCUAAAAAGAUUUCUGUGCAAUAUCCGGUUACGGAAAGUCAUUUGAGAAAAGCAUCCAAUCUUUUUGAGAAAUACGACAAAGACAAAAGCGACACUCUUGAAUUAGAUGAGUUGCAAGAAAUGUUUAAAGACAUUGACAAAAAAUUAACUUCACUCCCUGCGACCGCACAAGUAGCACAUCAACAAGGAAAGUAUCUUGGCCGAAAAUUAAAUAAAUUUGCGACAAAGAUUACUGCUGCUGAUGGUUCAUCACAAGAUUUGGAAAACGAAUUGCCAGCUUUCCGUUAUGCACAUUUAGGGUCACUCGCUUAUAUUGGUAACGCGGCAGUGGCAGACUUUGGUACGGGGCGGACUUGGAUGGGUGGUUUAUCCGCUGUUUAUUUGUGGAGAAGUGUCUACUUUAGUGAGCAAGUCUCAUUUCGUACUCGAGCUCUACUCGCUUUGGAUUGGACCAAACGAUCUAUUUUCGGGAGAGAUAUUUCCAAGUUUUGA